AUGAAGAGAACGAGCUGGGUGCUAGGCUGGCUAUUCGUGGUACUCUGCGUGGCUCAGUUGACGGAGGCCCAGUACAAAUUCAGGCGAACACAGCUACCAGGUCCACCACAAAUUUUCAAAAAAUCAUGGGCACCCCCAGGGGCGAGGCUACCACCACCCAUGGGUAACUCUAUACACAUCGGGCCGGGCUUCGGGGUACCAGCCAAGAGGCCACUUUUUAAGCCACCUAAUUACAGGUUCCGCCGACCCCCCGUGGGAGCUCCACCUCCCGCACCACCACCACUGCCAGCAUCGUUGUUCAACGUCCUGCCGGGUUCGGGCUUCAAGAGCCCAGUCGCACCCUUGAGUCUCCUGGCGAGCUACGGCACCCUGGGCCAGCAGCAACACCAGCCGCAGCGCGGGACUGCACCGGCGAAGGAUCUCUCACCGCUAACCAAGCAUCCUCAGUACAGCCCGGAGUAUCGUCCAGUGGGAGUCGAGCCUCCUCUGGUCGGGAUGCAGGUGCCGGUAUCCCACAGGGGCGGCCUUGACGACGACAGGGGACCCAUUCACACGAUUCCGGCCCCAAACCUUGGUCCCACUGCCGGCAAGUCUUACCAACACCAGCAGCAACAGCAAUCCAAGAAGGAUCAGGAGCUGCCGAGGCGACCGCCUUACUCCGUCACUCAGGUCGACUAUGCGAGUAUCUUCGGACAAGAAUCAAGUGUGAUGCCACAAAGGAUUUCACCCUCCAGUCCGCGGCCGACGAGUAUUAGUACUGUUCAACACCAGUACGAAGUAACGGAGUCAAACGAAGUCAAUUCCGCGCUUCCGGCGUACUUUGCGCCCGACUUUGACUCUGCACAAUACGCAUCCUCCGUUAUUCAGGAGCAACAGGCUAACGAUGUUUACCAGAGCCAUCCGUCUGGCCCGUUUCCAUCCCCGUCGUCGCCCCGGACGAGCACCCAGCAUCGACUACAGCAACAGUUGGCGGAUCAGCAGCAGGCCGACGCGGCGGCGUCAUCGAGCGACAGCAUCUCCAUGCACACGAACCUCCACAGCUUAAUGCACGUGGCUGGAGCCGGCUCGAGCGUGCAGCAGCAGCAGCCAGAGCUCCACUUGGGUCAGCCGGUUAGUACGGGGCCUCCCAUGUCCGCGGCCAAGCUCUACGAGGUCCUGAACGCGUUCCCGCACCAGCUGACCGAGCAAUACGCCCUCAACCAGGGACCCCAGAUACAGCAGCAUCUGCUGCAGCAGCACAUCUCGCAGAUGAUGCAGCAGCAGCAGGACGGGGAGGGCUCGCUGAUCAAGACAUCUCUGCCACAGCCGACGCUACACUCGUUUAAUUACGAUGAGCAGACCAAUAAGCAAAGCCAAAAGCAGCAACAGCAGCAGAAUAUAUUUAUUGAUCAAAACUACGCCUCAGGAAAAGUAACGGCGGAUUACAGCUUGGCACCAGAAACUUCUGAAAUUGCUAUUCAGGACAUUAGCGUAGGUGAUGGUAACGAGCAGCAAGAAAAUCAUAUCGAAUUUGACAGUCCCGUUGGUCACGUGAAGCCUACCUCUUAUUUUACCAAGAUCGGGAACGACGAGCAGAGCGCGGCCCCGCAGUUCUACACGACCCUGCCGAACCGCGACGCAGCCGAGAAGUUGGCCGCCCUGGCGGCCGCCGGCAACGUCAACAGCCAAUUGAUAGGCCAACUGAGGAAGCAGCAAGCGGACCGGCAGAUCCCACCAAACCACAAGGAGGAGCUCGCGGACGAGGGGGGCCAGCAUGACUACAGGCAAAAGCUCCUCCAACGGCGGCGUAAGGUUAACGACGAACAGGCCCGACGCAACGAGGAAAGAGAGAAGCAAAGCAAGGACAGCCAAGCUACUCUGAGAAUACUCGUCCCGGAGAGUAAUGGCGAAAAGGAGACACAGAUAGAGUCCGAGGAUUACGAGUACGAAAACGACGAGGCAGAGCUUCCUCUCGAGCACGAAGCUGCCUCCACUACGCCAGAAGACACAGGGUUCGGAUCUCGCAUCGUAUCUAAGAGUAGUAGUAACAAGUGACCUUGACACCGGGAACUAGUUGAAUAAUUAUUUUUCCUUCUUUUUUCCUACGGUAUCGAGGUCACAUUCAGAACUCUUUGAGCUUAAAGAAAAGAAGAAGUACGAUUUGUUUGUUUAUUUAUUUACUAGACUGAGAAGCGGCAUUGGAAGUUUAUUUGACCAAUAAUUAUUGUGCUCCGUCAAAUACUUGUAUGAAUGCCAGUAUUAUUGUUGUAUUACACGAUAGAAGUACGAUAAGUGUGGUAUCACUUUAUAAGUAUUUAAUCAUCUUUGCAUAAUUACGUUACAAGCGGAAAUUUCCUCUUGUAUGUGUAUUGUUUAGAUUGAUUUAUUUAUGAACUAUUGGUUUUUUUUACUUGUUUAUUUAGUAGUAUUAAAAUGUGAUUUGAUGAUUUUUUCAUUAUUUUACAUUUAUA